AUGGACGGCCCUUCUUCCCCGAACGACUCAAAACGCCCCACGACAAUGACAAAGCAACUUGAUCUCAAGCUUCGCUGCCCCAUUCGUGCUCAUGCCGAUAAAUGCGUUGACGAUGGUGAGGAGGUUGGUCUCCCUAUCUGCAGGAAAGACCAGACCUUUAAAGCAAUAGACAAACUCAACGAGCAUUUAUCUAGGGUGCACUCACACAAGUAUCUGUGCCUGCGGUGCAAGAAGAAAUUUCCUUUGGUCAGCAAGAUCGAUCUGGAAAGCCUGAAGGAGAAGCAUGGCUCUUGCCAGGAGAAACCUUGGCCUGAAAAGAAGAAGCAGUGGGCCGAAUGGACUCUGAUGAGCAAGGAGCAGUAUGAUGGAUGGGCGGGGACGGCUUGGACAACCACGGCCAACGAACGCCGUCCACCUGAAGAUGGGCAACGAGAGAAGAAGGCGUUUUGGAGCUGGAGAAAGAUCUAUGAGAGCCUCUACCCAAACACGGCCGACUUUCCGGCUGCAGCUUUUGCUGUUGAGCAAAAUGAUCCUGGCCAGGCAACUUUGAUGGACAAAGAGAUGAGACUUGACACUCGACCGAGGGAGAAGGCACAACAAGCUCCUGCCACCAACACUGGAGUUCCCUCCAAACCGCCGACAGGCCAUGUCCAAUUGUGGCUUAUGAAUCCCCUCUCUGCUGAUUUGAGAGUUGGCCAGCAGCGGUGCCUGGAGCCAGAAGUCGGCGUCUCAUUGCUCGAGACCUCGACUGGUCCCGGCUCCAUGGCAUACUCAUCAACAUCGGGUACCGCAGACAAUCCGAUGCCGCCGACCCCUUCAUUUACCUCCUUGAUCAAUGAUUCUUGGGAUGAUUGGUUGUUGUCCAAUAAUGAUUCUCAUCUUAACCUAGGCGAGAGAGUCGAGGACAUCAUUGAUGGGAACCCGCAGGAUUACUUCAGCCGGGAAGACCAGAACUUUCCCGAAGUGGGCAAUGAACAAGACUUCUGA